AUGAAGAUAGCAAUUACCGGAGCAGGCGGCUUUGUCGGCCAACUUCUCGCUGAGCAUUUACUCAAUGCUGACCACGAGGUUCUUCUCAUCGACAUCUUCGAGCCACCAGUACCUUCCAAGGCCUCUUCCAAGUCCUCAUUAGCGACCUGCAUCAAGGCCGAUCUGUUCUCUGAUAGCAACUCCGUCAUCCCCUCUGAUCUCGACGCCAUCUACAUCUUUCAUGGCAUCAUGUCUGCAGGCUCGGAAGCAGAUUUCGACCUAGGCUAUCGAGUAAACCUGCACUCCACCCUCAAUCUUCUAGAGACAUUGAGAAACAAAUGCAAAGGCGUCAAAGUGGUAUAUGCAUCCAGCACAGCAAUCUACGGUCAACCUCUGCCUCAAUGGCCUUCAGAGUCCACGUUACCCACACCUUCUUCCUCCUACGGAACACAAAAAUCGAUGAUCGAAUACGCAAUCAAUGAUUUUUCCCGCAGAGGAUAUAUCAAUGGUUUUACUCUGCGUUUCCCUACUAUCAGUGUUAGGCCAGGCAAACCCACUCAAGCGGCUAGUUCAUGGAUGAGUGGCAUGUUCAGAGAGCCGUUGCAGGGAUUGCCUUCCUCGUUGCCUUGUGCAGAUGACUUUGAAGCUUGGUUGUGUUCGCCCAGGAUCUUGGUCCAGAAUCUAUUGCAUGUGUUGACAUUGCAGAGAGACAGUUUGCCUAGUCACAUGCGACAGAUCAAUCUUCCUGGCAUCACGGCGAGCGUAAAAGAAAUGCUGGAGGCACUGGAGACGGUGGGAGGUAGACAGGCUGUGGACUUGGUCAAGAGAGAGCAACCGACAAGGGAAAUCAAGGAUAUGCUGGACUCGUGGCCUAUCAGAUUUGAUGUCACCAAAGCGAUGGAUUUGGGCUUCAAGAGGGAUGAACAGUUUGUGGAUGCGGUGAGGGAUUUCAAGGAUAGUCUUGAUGAGUGA